CUCAGUUAUCACCAAACUACACUCAGUCCAUAAUGCAUCAUUCACAUCUCGUUAAGUGUUCAUUGGCAAUGGCAGCAGAGCACGAGAUUGACUCCAACCGGGGAAGCGGAGUAGGCAGCCGUAAAUAUUCUACCAGCGAAAGCCAGGAGGCCCUUGCAGAAUCCUAUCUACGCUGUGGUGCUCUCCAGCAGUACUGUGAACUGAUGAUCCGUCUGCAUCAGUGGGAUCACGCCCUUGCUCUGGCUCCAGCUGUGUCUGUAGAUUACUGGAGAAAACUUGUUGCUAGGCCAUCUUGAUAAGGCCUUCUCAGAGUGUGUGGCUCUAAGUAAAAUGAAUAGAAAUAGCCGUAAGGGACCCCCGCCUGACGUACCUCCCAGAGGAUCUUCGAUGGAAAUGAAUGGCACAAGUCAAGUACAAGAACGGACGUUGGAGUGUGCUCGACUAGUUGCUCACUGGCACCUCCUCAGAGGGUCGCCUAUUGUUGCUGCCUGUGCCUUAUUAGCUGUGGAUGAUA